GAGAUUGUGUCCUGGAUUGGUACGAGUCAUGUUGGUACGUGUCUGACAGUUCAAAAUAUUUUGAGUGGACGUGUUACUUUUUUGCAAAUUUGAAUGAAUUGUAAAGGAUAUUUCACCUUGAAAUCAUCGUAACCAUUUGUUAAAUCAAUGACGUGGCUUUAACCUAACCUCAAAAAACAAAAUAUGGAAAGAAAACGUGUAAAAAACCAGCCCCAGCACGAUUCCACGAUGGAAAACGGCGAAAAUUUGCAUUUCCGCCAACCCUCAAACCUGAAGGGCGAUAAGCAAAACAUCGCCCUUCUUUUGUGUCUCUACACCCUUCAGGGCAUCCCUUUGGGGCUCAGUUCGGCCAUUCCGAUGAUCCUCCAAAACCGGGGAGUGAGCUACAAGCAACAGGCCGAAUUUAGUUUCGUAACUUGGCCGUUUAGUUUAAAGUUACUGUGGGCCCCCUUGGUCGAUUCGAUUUUCUCCACACGAAUUGGCCGCCGGAAAACGUGGCUCAUACCGACGCAGUAUUUAAUUGGGGCGUUUAUGCUCCUGUUGAGCGGCCACGUGGACCAAUGGCUGGGGGGCGAAGCCCUGGCGCCCAAUAUUGAGAUUUUGACGCUUUUAUUCUUCUCCCUGAAUUUUCUAGCCGCCACACAGGAUAUUGCCGUUGAUGGGUGGGCCUUAACAAUGUUGAAAAAACAAAACGUGGGGCACGCUUCCACUUGUAACAGUGUGGGGCAAACUGCCGGGUUUUUUCUAAGUUAUGUGGUUUUUAUGGCGUUAGAAUCGCCCAGUUUUUGCAACAUGUACUUAAGGGCGGAGCCCCGGGACACAGGGAUUGUGACCUUGCAAGGGUUUUUGUAUUUUUGGGGGUGGGUUUUUAUUUUGAGUACGACCUUAGUGGCCGUUUUUAAGAAGGAAAGUGAGGCUAGAGGUGGGCAAAACGAGGUUGUGGUGCAUGAUAGAGACAUACAAACGGCCUACAAGAGUCUCAAAGACAUACUAGCGCUGCGCCCCAUCCAAACUUUGGUGCUGAUUCUGCUGACGUGCAAGAUUGGCUUUUCGUCAACUGACAGCGUGAUGACCUUGAAGCUGGUGGAAGCGGGGGUUCCCAAAGAGCGUCUAGGUCUCAUGGCCAUCCCCCUUAUUCCCGUCCAACUCGCCCUCCCCCUUGUAAUCGCAAAAUACACGACUGGUCCGCGCCCCCUUGAUAUUUUCCUCAAGGCCAUUCCGUACCGUCUUUUGUUCGGUUUCGUGGCCGCCUUUCUGGUUUGGGUGACGCCUGUUUUGGUCCCGGAUGGCUCUCAAGGCUUGCCUUUCCUCUACGUGGUGUUUUUAGUCAUUUGUUACGCCUUGCAUCAAGUGUGCGUCUACUGUAUGUUUGUUUCAAUCAUGGCCUUCUUUGCCAAAAUCAGCGACAGUUCAGUGGGGGGCACCUACAUGACGCUGUUAAAUACAGUGACUAACUUAGGGGGGAACUGGCCCGCGAUGUUGGCACUGUAUUUUGUGGACCCCCUCACGUGGAAGCAAUGUAUGGGAGGGGCCGAAAGUUUGGAUAAUACGUGCCGAAAUUCGGUCGAAAAAGAGUUGUGUGUGAGUAAAGGGGGGAAGUGCGUUACGGUCCUGGACGGCUUUUACAUCGAAACCGUGAUUUGUGCGGUCAUAGGCUUCAGUUGGUUGGUUUGGGGCCGCAAAAAAAUUAAUUACGUCCAGUCGCUUGACGACUACGCGUGGAAGCUGACCAAGAGGAAGAGAUAGUGAUUUUUGUGUUUCCGAGCUGGCACUGUUUGUUAUUUAGCUCAAAAAUAGUCGAUUUAUUUUUGUUGAGUGUGUAAAAAUUUUGCACUUUUUUUAUUAUAAUUAUUGUUAAUUUAACGAGCGCAGAUUGUGAUAUAGGAACGGGAGUGCUCAAGCUUCCGACUAAUAGAUGGCGCCGUCUACUUUGAAAUUUUAAUUUUUUGUAUUUCCCUCAAAACCAAGGACAAUAUCGCAUGGUGUGUGAUUUUUGAAACACGAAAUAAAAUUAAUUUUAGUAAA